GUAGGGUAGGGUAUACAUUGUAUGGAUUUGUGGAAUGAUGAGCACGUCAAAGGAUUGGCUGAUCUGCCCGUUGAGGCGUCAAGUAAACGAAAGAACUGUAAACGAUGCAAGUAGGUCGAUGCGACUGGAGGCCGGAGUCGGUUUGUUUGUGCGAAUUUUUGCCGGAGAGACCACUAGAUAUUCGCAUGACUGUCUGCAUAUUGCAGCAUCCCAACGAGGAGUCACGAAGUCUCACUACAGUUCCUCUGCUCAGUGCGUCCUUACCACGUGACAAGUGUAUUAUCCACAGAGGAAAACGGUUUCCUCCCUCAAAGUAUCCACACUUGGAUGCAAUAUUAGAGAAACCAGAGAGAGCCAUACUAUUGUAUCCUGGUAGAGAAGCUGUAGAUCUUAGUCAGUUGGUUGUUGACGAUGAGUACAGACGGACAAUCGACACACUGGUUGUGCUGGAUGGAACAUGGAGACAAGCGAGCAGCAUUUUCAACACAAAUCCGAGACUCCAUGUUUUACAGUUGGUGAAACUUUCAGUUUCAACCACUAGUACGUAUGUCAUUCGAACACAACCAAGUGACAACUGCUGGUCAACAGUAGAGUCUGUGGCUUUAGCUUUGUCAAUUCUAGAAUCAAAUUCUGACAUUCACAAAACCUUUGAAUUGCCACUCAAAGCGUUGUGUGACUUUCAGCUGAAGCAUGGGGCGGUAGUUCAUCAGAGCAAAGAGGCCACAAGGAAGGAGCAGGAAAGACAACUCAAACAGAGGUGUGAACAUCAAAUUGAUGUUAGAAUAGGUGGAACGUCUGCAACAAUUACUGAAUUAAGUUUAGAUACAUGAACGUGCAUAGGAGGCAUUUUAUAUCAUGACACGGUUUUGGAAUAGAUUGCAGAGAAGUUAGCUGUUUUUGAUUAAAAUGUUUUGA